CUUGGAGCAGUCGAGGUUGAAUGAGAGUGCGUGUAGGUCCUCAAUCGGUACCGGUCGACGUGCGGAACGAGUAAAGCAUGAAAAUUUUAGCGUUUUUAGCCUUAUUAGGCUUUGCUGCGGUGGAAUCUAAGGUGUUCUUCCAAGAGACUUUCUCCAGUCCAGAUUGGGAUUCAAAAUGGGUUCAGUCUGAGCACAAAGGCAAGGAGUUUGGUAAAUUCAAGUUAACACCUGGAAAAUUUUAUGGUGAUGCUGAAAAAGAUAAGGGAAUACAAACAUCACAGGAUGCUCGCUUCUAUGGGUUGUCGUCAAAGUUUGAGCCUUUCAGCAACAAGGAAUCGCCUUUAGUAAUUCAGUUCACCGUAAAGCAUGAGCAGAAUAUAGAUUGUGGUGGUGGAUACCUAAAAGUAUUUGACUGCUCCCUCGACCAGACAGAUAUGCACGGCGAAUCUCCAUACCUCCUUAUGUUUGGUCCUGACAUUUGUGGUCCAGGCACUAAAAAGGUUCAUGUAAUCUUCAAUUACAAAGGAAAGAACCAGCUUAUCAAAAAAGACAUUAGAUGUAAGGAUGAUGUCUUCUCACAUUUGUACACUUUGAUUGUGAAUCCCGAUAAUACCUAUGAGGUCUUGAUUGACAAUGAGAAGGUCCAGUCUGGAGGACUUGAAGAUGACUGGGAUUUCCUUCCCCCAAAGAAGAUCAAGGAUCCAGAAGCUAGCAAACCUGAUGACUGGGAUGACAGGCCUACCAUUCCUGACCCUGAAGACUCCAAACCUGAAGAUUGGGAUCAACCAGAGCACAUUCCUGACCCAGAUGCUAACAAACCAGAAGAUUGGGAUGAUGAAAUGGAUGGUGAAUGGGAACCCCCAAUGAUUGAUAACCCAGAGUACAAAGGUGAAUGGAAACCCAAACAAAUUGACAAUCCUGACUACAAGGGACCUUGGGUACAUCCAGAGAUUGACAACCCAGAAUACACACCAGAUAAUGAAAUUUACAAAUAUGAUGAGAUUUGUGCUGUUGGUUUAGAUUUAUGGCAGGUAAAAUCUGGUACCAUAUUUGACAACUUCCUUAUUGGUAAUGACAUCGAGGAAGCUAGAAAAAUUGGUGAAGAAACAUGGGGAGCAACUAAAGAUGCUGCUAAAAAAAUGAAGGAUGAACAAGAUGAAGAAGAAAGAAAGAAGGCAGAGGAAGAAGCAAAGGCAGCAGGUGGUGAUGAGGAGGACGAUGAUGAUGAUGAAGAUCUGGAUGAUGAAGAUGAUGAUGAUCUUGAUAAUGAAUUGGAGCAUGAUGAGCUUUAAUUUUUUUAUUUAUAAGGAUAUGAGGCAGUUAUUUAAGUAAAGUAGCCUGUUUGAAAGGACUUUUUAGUCAGACAGGAAAGGAAGACUUUCAUAUUAGUUUCUUGCUGGAACACCUGAUCUUAUCGUUAUUGGUUAGGAUGAAGUGCUUCAGUGAUAGUCUCGGGGAACCUGUAGGGUGAGGUUGCGCAAUAUUUGAUCAUUCCAAAGUCUCAGCCUAAGGUUCUCGGACAAACGCCGUCCCUAGUGGAAGGUGUUCGCAUUUCGCUUAUCACCUGUCGUCAUCCCAUUCCCAUAAUCAUCAAUGAGUAUGCAGCACAAUCCUGAAUGUUUGUAAAUCUUGUGUGAAGUGCUGUGGUACUAUACUUUACUAGUAGUGCAGCACCUAAGGUGUGAAUGAUUAAUUUCCAAUAAAUAUAAAUUGGGA